GAGUAUGGGCAGGGCCUGGGAUGUCCUUGAAGAGGGCAGGCCAAAUGGGGAGCUGGCAGCCCCUGCCCAUCUGGGGGCCGAGGCUCCUUUAAUUUGGAUACCUUAAAAGGCUUUCGGGAGCAAGGGGCUGGGUUCUUAUCUCCCGAACUCUGGACGGUGCCUUAUUUAUAGCCCUGCUGACAAGAGGCGGCAGCCGGCCAGCAGCUGCAUACGCAGUUGGGGCCAGCCCAGAGAGCUUGGCCCUGCGCUGCCGCUGUCCCUUUUGGUCCGGCUGCAGGAGAGAAGGACAGAACAGGCUGUUGAAGAGCCGGGCGUCACGAUGACUGAGCGCUUUGACUGCCACCAUUGCGAAGAAUCUCUCUUUGGCAAGAAGUAUAUCCUGAGAGAGGAGAGCCCCUACUGCGUGGCAUGCUUUGAGGCCCUCUUUGCCAACACUUGCGAGGAGUGUGGGAAGCCCAUCGGCUGUGACUGCAAGGACUUGUCCUACAAGGACCGACACUGGCAUGAGGCCUGUUUCCACUGCUCACGGUGCAAGAGCUCGCUGGUGGACAAGCCCUUCGCUGCCAAGGAGGACCAGCUGCUGUGCACAGGCUGCUACUCCCACGAGUACUCGUCCAAGUGCCAGGAAUGCAAGAAGACCAUCAUGCCAGGUACCCGCAAGAUGGAGUACCAGGACAGUAGCUGGCACGAGACCUGCUUCGUCUGCCGCCGCUGCCGGCAGCCCAUCGGCACCAGGAGCUUCAUCCCGAAAGACAGCCAGAACUUCUGCGUGCCCUGCUAUGAGAAACAGUACGCCCUGCAGUGUGUUCAGUGUCAAAAGCCCAUCACCACCGGGGGCGUCACGUACCGCGAGCAGCCCUGGCACCGGGAGUGCUUCGUGUGCACUGCCUGCAAGAAGCCGCUGUCGGGCCAGCGCUUCACGUCCCGGGAGGAGUUUGCCUACUGCCUGAGCUGCUUCUGCGACCUGUAUGCCAAGAAGUGUGCUGGCUGCACCAACCCCAUCAGCGGACUUGGUGGCACGAAGUACAUCUCCUUUGAGGAACGGCAGUGGCAUAACGACUGUUUUAACUGUAAGAAGUGCUCCCUCUCGCUGGUGGGGCGAGGCUUCCUCACAGAAAGAGAUGACAUCCUGUGCCCUGACUGCGGGAAAGACAUCUGAAGCCCACACAGCUGCUUGUGACGCGCACGGAUUUAGACACACUCUUUCUCCACCAGGCAGUACUGUGUCUGGUCUCCACCCGCCACCUUGAGACUUUCCUCUUGUGCUUCUCAGUGAUAGUCACGUUUGUUUAAACCCUUUAAUCCUUUGUACUAGCUCAGUCCCAGGGAAGGAGGAAACCCUUCUGUAAACCCUCGGGGGGAAGAUGGUCUUGAAUUUUUGUAAUCGAGCAAGGCAAAUCCAAGUGUAAAAGUCCUUUUGAAUGACAUCUUUAUACAUGUAUCUUUCUUUCACUGCGUAUUUAAUUUUUAAGUGCAAUUAACAUGUCACGAAAUUGAGUUUUCCAAACUACAGGAGAUAAUGAAGAGUGGGCAUUUACAACUGUGUAGCUUCCUGUCAUGUAAGAUCUAGAGCAAGAUCAUAUAGCUUACAAUAAAGUUAUCCAGAACAAAAUCCUUGGCCACACACAGCGUGUGAAAUAAUGAUUAAACAUCGAGAUUCUGAG